AUGCUAUCAUCUUAUGUGAACUUAGUAUGGAUGAUUGGGGCUCAAGACAGGAAAGCAAACUUGAAUGCACAAUCACCUUCGACAGCAUCUAACGAGAUUAAGAAGAUGUUAGAGUGUGCUUUUAGAUCGUUUAUGGAUUCUUAUUAGAGGAAAUUUGACGAAAUCAUAACUUACUACAAUGAUGACUGGAAAACUUGCUUUGAUAAUGGGAAUUCAUGGUGCGAAUUAGACAGCAAUCAAUUGCUGGUAGGUUUGAAAAAGACAGCCGAUGGUAAUGACUUAGCUAGUAUCGAUCUCGCUAUUGGAGGAGUUGGUCCUUGGACAAAGCUUUCAGGAUAAACAAACUGCCCUUCUUGGGGCAUAAACUUAGAUGGAAAGAAUUCUUGGGCUUAUUGUGAUAAUACUCUCCUCAUCAGAGGAUUUUUUAGAGAAGCUGGAUAGUCGGAGAAGCCGGAAACCAAACCUAAUAGUGUGGGCCUGGAGUAUGGGAGGAGUGAGGGCCUGGAGUAUGGCAAUGAGUAGAACAAAUUUGUGAGUGGAGGGACCUUAGCAUCUAUUGCUGAUGGUAAAUGCUCGAGCCCUACUCCUGGUGUAUCAUUCUCUGAUUGCUAUGAACAAGAUGUCGUUACAUCAUUUGAUACGACAGGCAAUUACGGUUAUUGUUAAAGGCCUGGAUAUUUCUGGUUCGGAUUAAGAGCUGGUGGGGAUGGUGCAGUUAGGGAUCUAGACAAGAUCUCUUGCUGCAAACCAACUUAUGACUGGCAGAAGUUAUCUUGCUGA